AUGCAGGUCUACACGGAGCUUGUGGCGCCCUCGGCUGUCACCCAUUCCCUGAGCCUGCCCUUGACCUCCGCCGCCGCCAACAACCUCGUCGUCGCAAAGGGCUCCCUCCUCCAGGUCUUCGAGACGCGAACUAUUGCCGCCGAGCUCGACCCGCAGCAGUACCAACCCGAAAACCAGCCGUCCGGCAAGGGAGACCCGAAGCAGCAGCAGAACCCCGACUUUGACGUCCGCGGCCACGAUGACGACGGCCUCGAGGCCCUGCUGCUGCCGCGCGACCGCGCCCAGCACACCAAACUCGUCCUCGUCGCCGAAAUCCCCGUCGCCGGCACCGUCAUCGGCCUCGCCCGUCUGAAACUACGCGAUACCGCCUCGGGCGGCGAGGCCCUCCUGCUGGCCUACCGCGGCGCCAAGAUGUGCUUGACCGAGUGGAACCCCCAGCGGCUCGCCCUCGAUACCGUCUCCAUACACUACUACGAAAAGGACGAGCUGCAGGGUGCGCCGUGGGAGCUGCCCUUUGGUGAGUACGUCAACUACAUCGAAGCCGACCCUGCCAGUCGAUGCGCCGCCUUCAAGUUUGGCAGCCGCAAUUUGUCUAUUCUGCCAUUCCGCCAGGCCGAGGAGGAUCUCGAGAUGGAAGACUGGGAUGAGGCGCUGGACGGGCCAAAGCCUGUCAAGGAGGCUUCUCUUGCGACCAAUGAAAAUGGCCAUGGCACCGAAACACAAUAUCUGCCGUCUUUUGUGCUGCGACUCCCUCUUCUCGACCCGACACUUCUGCACCCGGUACAUCUCUCCUUCCUCCACCAGUACCGAGAACCUACAUUUGGCAUCCUCUCCUCUGCACAGUCUACCUCGAUUGCCCUAGGAUUGAGGGACCACAUGACCUAUAAAGUCUUUACCUUGGAUCUGAAGCAGCGUGCUUCGACCACCAUUCUAUCAGUCACAGGCUUGCCGCAAGACCUCAAACGUGUCCUUCCGCUACCCAACCCUGUCGGAGGUGCUCUUCUUGUCGGCGAAAAUGAGCUCAUCCACAUCGACCAGUCUGGUAAAGCCAAUGGCGUUGCGGUGAACCCCAUGGCACGGCAAAUGACAUCUUUUAGUCUUGCUGAUCAAUCGCAACUGAAUUAUCGCUUGGAAGGAUGUGCCAUCGAACCGAUUUCCAUGGAAACUGGAGAGCUGCUGCUGAUUCUCAACGAUGCAUCGUUGUCAAUCAUCUCGUUUAAGAUUGACGGGCGGACGGUUUCUGGAAUCAGCCUUGUUCCCGUGUCACCAGAGAACGGAGGGAGUAUCCUCAAAAGUCGCGUAUCCUGUAUUUCCCGAAUUGGAAAGUCUUCUAUGUUUAUCGGGAGCGAGUCUGGUGACUCAGUUGUUCUCGGGUGGUCGAGGAAGCAACCCCAGGAGAAACGCAAAAAGUCGAGAGCCCUAGAUGCCGACCUAGCCCUUGAUGUGGAAGACAUCGAUCUGGAUGAUGACUUUGACGAGGAUGACGACCUAUACGGCACCGAAUCGGCUGCCGCUAAGCCGUCUCAAGCUGCCAACGGGGCGGUGAAAGGUGGUGAACCAGUCUUUCGCAUACAAGAUUCCUUGCUUUGCCUGGCGCCGAUCCACGACGUUGCACCGGGCAAAGCAGUAUUCCCGCCUGAUAGUGAAGAGGCAGUUUUGCGAGAUGGCGUUACAUCGGAGCUGCAACUUGCUUGUGCCGUUGGCCGAGGAAAGGCUGGCGCUAUUGCCAUCUUAAACCGUGAGAUCCAACCGAAGGUAAUUGGAAGAUUCGAGUUUCCGGAGGCACGAGGCUUCUGGACCAUGUGCGUCAAAAAGCCAGUACCCAAAGCACUCGGCUCCAGUGCCGUGGUCAGCAGCGAAUACGACAGCAUGGAGCUGUAUGACCGAUUUAUGAUUGUCGCCAAGGUCGAUCUAGAUGGCUACGAAACUUCGGAUGUUUACGCCCUGACGGAUGCUGGCUUCGAGAGCUUAAAAGACACGGAAUUCGAGCCUGCGGCUGGUUUCACUGUCAUGGCCGGCACCAUGGGAAAGCAAAUGCGAAUUAUUCAAGUACUAAAAUCAGAAGUCCGAUGCUAUGAUGGGGAUCUCGGCCUAAGCCAGAUUCUGCCCAUGAUGGAUGAAGAGACAGGAGCCGAACCAAGAGUGGUGAGCGCAAGCAUCGCCGAUCCGUACUUGACGAUUAUCCGAGACGAUCACAGCGUUUUCAUUGCCAAAAUUGGCAGCAAUGAUGAGCUAGAAGAAGUUGAGAAAGACAAAAGCCCCCUGACCUCGAUAAAGUGGCAGACAGGCUGUCUAUACGCUGAUCACGACGGGAUAUUUCAACCAAAACAGCCUGAGGAGGGAGACGACUCGAGGGUCAUGUUGUUCUUGAUGAGCACAGCCGGUGCUCUACAUAUGUAUGAUCUGAACAACCUUUCAGAGCCGGUAUAUGUUGCAGAAGGCCUUACCUCGACACCACCUUUCCUAUCGGCAAACUUUACUGGUCGCAAGGCCGCUGCGAAAGAAACGCUGACCGAAAUUCUCGUUGCCGACCUUGGCGACGUGGUCGCUAAAAGCCCGUAUCUCAUUCUUCGCCAUGACACUGAUGAUCUGACUCUAUACGAGCCUGUACGAUACCAUGAACCAAACAGCGCCUCAGCGCCGCUCUCGGAUACCCUCUUCUUUAAGAAGUCAACAAAUUCUACUAUUGCGAAAAGCGCGCCGGCAUCUGGCAAGGACGACGAUGACACAGAGCAGAGGCGCUUCGUUCCGCUCCAACCCUGCGCAAACGUCGGCGGCUACAGCACGGUAUUCUUAUCCGGUGAUUCACCUAGUUUCAUCCUGAAGUCGGCGAAGAGCAUACCUCGCAUCGUCGGUCUUCAGGGCCAAGGCGUACGAGGCAUGAGCACUUUCAACACAGAAGGCUGCGAUCGGGGAUUCAUUUACGCCGAUACCAAAGGCAUUGCCAGAGUCAGUCAGCUGCCCACGGAUACAAACUAUGCCGAACUGGGAAUUUCAGUUAAGAAGAUCCCGCUCGAUUGCGACGUCAACAGAGUCUCGUUUCACUCGCACACGGCAACGUAUAUUGCUGCGUGCUCGACCAGUGAGCCAUUCGAGCUCCCCCGGGAUGAUGACUACCACAAAGAAUGGGCAAAAGAGACCGUCACCUUUGCGCCAACCAUGCCACGAGGUAUUCUUAAACUCAUCAGCCCCGCGGCAUGGACCGUCAUUCAUAGCUUAGAUCUCGAAUCAUGCGAGACCAUUGAGAGCAUGAUGGCACUUCACCUUGAAAUUUCUGAGGAAACCAAAGAGCGACGUAUGGUUGUCGCCGUUGGCAGUGCGAUUUGCAAAGGUGAAGACUUGCCCACGCGUGGCCGUGUCCAAGUGUUUGACAUUGUCACCGUCAUCCCCGAGCCCGGGCGGCCGGAGACGAACAAGAGGCUGAAGCUCCAAGCCAAGGAAGAGCUGCCUCGCGGUGGCGUCACAUCGCUGUCCGAGAUCGGCACCUCGGGUCUGCUGCUGAUUGCGCAGGGCCAAAAGUGCAUGGUGCGCGGUCUGCGCGAGGACGGAGGACUGCUCCCCGUCGCCUUUUUGGAUAUGAACUGCCACAUCCUGGGUGUCCGUGAGCUGCGUGGCACUGGCCUGUGCCUCAUGGCUGACGCUUUUAAGGGCAUGUGGUUCGCAGGCUACACAGAAGAGCCGUACACCUUCAAGGUGCUCGGAAAGAGCAGCGGUCAAAUCCCAAUGCUCGUGGCGGACUUCUUACCAGAUGGCGAGGACCUAUCUAUGAUUGGCGUGGAUGCCGAUGGUGACUUGCACGUCUUCGAGUUCAACCCUGACCGUAUGUACCAUUUGCUCUUUCUACUUCACCCCCCCGGGCCAUCUGCUCCUGCACCGGACGACGUUCUCGCUCCGCAGCCGAUGGGCACCACGGGCGCGGAGACGCCACACACGCUGCUACUGAGCUGCCCGACGGGCCAGCUGGCGGCGCUGACGCCGCUCGGCGAGUCGGCGUACCGGCGGCUGCUGUCGCUCGCGAAUCAGCUGAUGCCGACCGUCACACCGCACGGCGGGCUGCACCCCAAGGCGCACCGGCUACCCGAGGGCCGCGGCGCGCAGAGCCACGCCCGCGCCGUCGGCGUGGAGACGGCGGCCGCGUCAGGACGCAUGAUCGUCGACGGCACGGUGCUUACGCGCUGGACCGAGCUCGGCGCCGCGAAGCGCGCGGAGAUGGCGGCCAAGAGCGGCUACGACGACCUGGCCGAGCUGAGGGCAGAGCUGGAGGGCGUGCUAGGGUGGUCGGGCAUGGCGUACUUUUAA